AUGGAAGCAUGUUUUGAUGAGCGCGAAAAGGACUGCCCAUUGAUUAAUGGAAAGAGGGUUCUUUCAUUCUUUACAGUAAUGAUUGAAGAAGGUUUCUUAGAAGUUCUGUUUUUUCCUCCGAAGUUUGCUGAAUUAGUUUCACAUCUGAUUGAUCGAGAAAUCAAUCUGGAGGACUCAUGUGGACUAUUAUGGAGGGUAACAGUGUCUAAUCAUAAUGGUACACUUGCUCUUAAACAAGGAUGGCCGGAGUUUUCAUCAAAACAUGAUGUGAAAGUGGGCGAAUUCAUAGUGUUUCACUAUGUUCCGAGUGAUGAACACUUCAUUGUUCAAAUAUUUGGAACAAGCGAUUGUGAAAAGAGGACUUAUCCAAAAGCAAUUAGCAUGGUGGUUGAGUUGCAUCAAAUAAAAUAUAAUCAUGGGAAACCAACAGAGGACAAUCAUGGUAAAUCACAGCUUGCAUUUUCUUACUGUUAUUUUGUGUUGUUGUUAUGUAAUGAAAAAGUCGUCGAAAGUGAGCCUGCUGAUUCAAGAGACACAUCAUCCCUUAACGCAGUCAACUAUUCAUGUUUGGUAGAUGUUGAUGAUCGGAAUUUUCUGAAAUUAUCAGAAUCCUGGCAAAAAUAUUUACCCAAAAGAGAAAAAAUUGGAAGGUGGAUUGUUUUUCUUCGAGGGCCAGAUAAAAAAAUUUGGCCUACCUAUUAUCAUAGCAGAUCAAAGUUUGAAGUUUUGACAAGUGGAUGGGAGAAAGUUACUAGAGCUUAUGGCAUGAAUGCGGGAGAUAAAUGUCUUUUUCAACUUGUAGAUCAGCAGAGACAUCUAUUUGAUGUACGCAAAAUAUGA